AUGAUCAGGGGGGCUUGGAUGUAUCCAAGGGAAGAUGAGGCCGUCUUAAAGAUCUGCUGGGAACCCCGACACAGUGACAAACCGUGCGCCGACUCCGAGAGGGCUCAGAGAUGGCGAAUGUCCCUGGCAUCUCUCUUGUUCUUCACCGUCCUGCUGUCUAAUCACCUCUGGCUGGUCUCCGCAGGGGCCAAAGCGAGGGGCAGCUUCACAUCCAGCCAGCAGCCACCCCGGGGGGAGCAGGCCAAUUCCAGCCUGCUGACCCUCCAGAGCUUCCCAGGGGAGGGUAAGGGGUGCUGGGACACUUUCCUUAGCAAUCUGACCAAAUCUGCUGCUCAUAGUCCGCAUUGCACUGGUGCCAGGUCUUCUCACCUGGACUCAGCCUGCACCAAACUGAAUUAUUUGCAAAGACAUCGGGGAUCUGUUCCCCCAUCCUCCCCGCAACCAUCCUCCUCCUGGUCCUACGCCCCCUCCCCCUAUUCCUACCAGAAGAAAUUUUUGAAGUCUUAUUUUCGCAACUUCACCCUGUCCUUUUGUGAUACUUACACCAUACUGGACUUACUGCUCGGCAUGUCUAAUCCCGACAGCCUGGACUGCAGUCUGGAGAGCCUGAUGGGGACCUUCAUGGGGCCCGCGGCAGCAUCUUCUUCCCUCUUUGAGGUUGAGGUGUGCAACAGCUGUGUCCAAGCUUACCAGAGACUGGAUCAACACGCUCAGGAAAAAUAUGAGGAGUUUGACUUUGUGUUGGAGAAAUACCUGCAAGCUGGGGAGUACUCUGUGAGAUCUUGCGUGGGAGACUGUAAGGCUGUCUACAAAGCCUGGCUGUGCUCGGAGUAUUUCAACGUGACCCAGCGGGAGUGCCGCCAUCGCAUUCCUUGCAAGCAGUACUGCCUGGAGGUUCAGACACGCUGUCCCUUCAUGCUACCUGACAAUGACGAUCUUAUCUAUGGAGGGUUACCUGGCUUCAUCUGCACAGAUACGCUAGAAAACCAUAUAUCCAACACAGAAGCGGAGUGUUGUGAUGUCCGAUGGCGUUCCUGUAACACCCUGGGGAGAGGCAACCACAACACAUCAACCAAAUCUUCGAACUCCCAGUUCUUUUAUCACCAACACUACAGUCGCCACCACCAGCACCAUCAACGCCAUCACCUGCAUUCCUAUGACCACCAUCACCACCCAUCUCGGCUGCCGGUCUCAGCGGGAUCUCGCCUCGGAAACAGUAGACUUAGGCUGUGUGUGCUGGUGCUAAUGUUGCUCCACACCAUGGUCUCCUUCUCCACUGCACAGAAUGGGGUGAGCUUGGAACCCAUGCCUGGCAUGGAGGAGACAUCAGCACGUGAAGAAUGA